AUGUCGGAACCUCUCCAACAACCCAACCGCUCGCCCAGCAACUCUGAAGAUGAUCUCCUCUCGGAAUUUUCAAAUAUCCUGACGCCGAAAAUCGACAGCAUGAGUACCUCCAAAGAAAUCAGCGAUACGGAGCUGUCAGUUCAAUUUGAGAAAAGAACAGAGAUAGCUGGACCAAUUCCAGUGUCUGGAGAAGAAACUGAGAAAGAGCAGAAGUUGCGAUCCGCCGUCGACUGCCACGAAGACAUACUCGAAGCUCUCCGCGACAAAAUCCGAUCACUGAAAAGCAAGGUGUUCGAUCUGGAAUUGGAAGCAAAAGAAUAUCGAAACGAGAUUCGUGAGAAUCAAGAAAAAAUCGAAAAUCUUGAGAUGCGGAAUGUGGAAAAUGAGACUUAUUACCUGGAGGCAAUUGCUCUGUUGGAAAAAGCAAAAAAUGUGAAUUUCAUCGCCUAUGACGGCGCUAAAAUGGCGGAGUUGGAGCAGGAGAAUAAGGAAUUGAAGGAGAAGAUUGAAGAGCUCAAGGAGACGUUGAGUGAGGAGCGAAAGCGGAAUCUCACCCUGUGUAGAUCAAAAAUUCAAGUAAAGUUUGAUGAAAUGUCUUACUACAUGAAGCAGUUGGAGCUCAACCAGGAAAUUGAGAAUCGUGAUGAAAAGUUGAGACAGAAGGAUAAGGAGAUUGAGAAUUGGCAAUGGGAUGUGAUCGAUUUGAGGAGAAAAAUCCAGAAACCAAGCUGUCUAGUCGAGGAGAACACAAAACUGCUCAACGAAAUCAAGGAGGCAAAGAAGACAAUUCACAAAUUGGAGCAGGAAGCUAUAUUCUCUGCGCCGAAAGUUAAGAAAGGAAAGAAAGGAAAGAAGCGUCAAACUGAUCCCACGACUACAGAGGAUUUCUUAUCCGUCUCUAAAGCUGAGUACAACCGGAAGGUUUACGAGCUGGAGUACGCCAAUGAGCAGAUUGCGAUGAUUUUGGGGGAUCAAGAGGGGGAAAAGAAAAGAGAGGAUGAUGAUGAGAAGAAGAUGUUGAAAGCACAGAUUGAGGAGUUGAAUGAGACGAUUCAAUUGAUGUCGCAGUGUACUCUGAAUAACAUGCAAGUGAUUUUGGAAUGCCAGUUCUUCAAUGAGAAUUUUCCAAGCUACGGUAAAGAAACUGUUUCAAAAGGAUCAGCAGUACCAGAACUUAAAGAGGAGGAGUCCUCGAAAACCCCAGUACCCGAGGAGGAGUCCACGAGUAGCCGAGAACCAGAAGAGAACCCCCAUACUCGGAGUAGCACAGAAUCGGAGGUGGUGUUCACAAGGAGCCAAGAACCCGAGGAGGAGUCCACAACCGGACGAGGAGCCCAGAAUCGAAGGAGGAGUCCAGGAGCCCAGAACUGGAAGGCAAAUACUUGGAGGAGGACCCCAUAUUCGAAGGAGAAGGAGUCCACGUGGAGUCCACAGCCGGAGGAGGAGUCCAUGGGAGCCUCGGAGGAGGUAAAGAAUACCAGCAAGCGUAGAUUUGAUGAAGGGAAAAUCACUGGAAAGAUAGGCAAAAUACCUAGAAGAGAAGGCUCUACUACUGACUGUAAUGUGGAUUUUGAACUUCUAUAA